AUGCUGAAUUAUACUUUGAAUCAUGAUGACUCUGACUCUGAGUCAGAGUCAACCCAUUCCAGUUCUCAUGUUAAAUAUAAAUCAUUUGAAAAGACUAGAACUUUUGAAAUCAAUUUAAAACAUAGUAAUACUACUAUUACUUCAUUUAUAUCAACUUCUGAUUUAGAAACUAUUUAUGCUGAUUAUGAUUCAUCCCAAGAUUCUUCCUCUGAUACUUCAAAUGAUGAUGAUGAUUAUAGUACUAAUAGUCAAAUGGGAUUAUUAGAUACUAAUGAUGAUCUAAUCUAUGAUCAAUUCACUCAAGCUUCAAGUCCAAGUUUAAAUAAAGUAGAUGCUCUAUUUGAUUUAACUAGUUUUGAUAACUUUAAUCUAACUAAUAAUAGUGAAAUAACCGAUCCUCUAUUAGAAUAUACUCCAUCUACUGAUAUGAUUAAUAUUACUUCUUCUACUUCUACUAUCCCCAGAAAAUAUCAUCAUCAUCAUCAUCAUCAUCAUAAUAUAUUUCAUAAUAUAGUAACUUCAAAUAAAUGGUCAUUGCAUAGAAAGGGUAAAUCAUCUACAACUACUUUAGAUAGUUUCACUCUUCCUGAAUGUUCAACCUCUUUAUUGUUACAUGGUUCACCAUCAUCUUCUACUUCAUCACUGAAGAAUCAUAAAUUGUCUUCUAAAUUAGAUAAUUAUAAACGAUUCUUUCCUAAAACUUAUCACAUUUUACACAAGUUAUAA